AUGCUUUAUCUGAUAUUUUCAUGUUUUUUAUUCCAUAGUCGAACAAAACGUGCUAUUACGAUGAUAAGCUCAAAGAAAUUUGCUCUUCAUUCAUUCAUAAAUGUUUCUAAACAAGCUCUUUACGGAUUCCUCCUGGAACGUAAAUACGGUACAAUACGUGUCAGCAUCAUUUAUUGGCUUUCAGCGCUCAGCAGUUGUCUAACUUUUAUGUUGGAACAUAGAGAAGCGCCCGGUUUUGGCGCAUCCGGUUCUAUCUAUGGAUUAAUAAUAUUUUUGACUGUGGAUCGACUUGUUGCAUUGCAGGAAAACACUGAGCACCGAGCUUUUAUAUUUUUGCAAAUUAUCGUACUAAUAGUACUUCCUAAUGCUCCUACAAUCAUUUUGAUAUAUAUUUUCAAACUCAAUGCAGCGCACUCAGCUCAUAUCGGUGGUGGUUUAGUUGGUUUACUGCUCGGAAUUGGUAUGAUCGGCUGCCCUUUGCCGUGGAGUUAUCGUCAAUGCCACUUUCGAACAAUGUGCCGGUGCAUAGCAUUUACUCUUCUUUUUAUUUAUUUUACGAUAACUGUAACCAUCUUUUUCUUAAUGGACCCUCCAGUUCCUCAUUGGUUGUUCGAAUUUUAA